AACGAACAGCAGGGAAGUGCGAAAUGGCAGCUUGACAACAGACGCGGUUUUGAGUGCGAUUGAAGGGACGUUUACGAAGGUGUACUAAUGAUGCUGCAUAAUCUUCCGAAGUUAUUUGCAUUAUCGUGUUGAAUAAUGAAGCGCCGGGGUGGAGGAUCAACAGCUGCUUUACUGCAGAGAGCAUCGUCCCAGCUGAAGGGUGAGCGCGUUGUGAAAGAAGUCAAUGAAGAAGAUGAACUCAAUGCUUACAUCAGUUCUUUGACGAAGAAAACCACUGCCAGGAAGUCUGUGAGUUUUGAUGAAGACAGUGACAUAAGUAUUUCUAAUGAAGACUAUCAGUAUGGUGGGACAACAGUACCUGCCUCGGGCAGUAAGUAUCUCAAGAAAAAGGUACGGGAUAGCCUGGAUUCUGUUGAGUCUAUGGAACCAAAGGAGCCAGCCUUGAACAGAUUUUUGAAGAAAGCUCCCACCCCAGUAGCAGCUGGGAUAAGCCCUGCACCUGUAGAUCGGCCUGCAACAUCCAAGUUUGCUGGGAAAUAUGUGUCCGGGUCUGAGAUGGCCAGAUCCAGUCAGCAGAGUCAUAGGUCUUCAUCAGCAUUAAGCAAAGCAGCAGCGUUAACCUCCAAGAUCUCCCAGCGUCCUGUGCCCACAAGGCAGUCCAAUAUCUUCACCCUGGACACUGACAGUGAGGACAGUUUUAGGAAACCUUCUACUGUGAAAGCUGGCAGAACCCCCUCCCCCCUUAGAAGUGCGUCAGACAGCAGCUUGAGUUUGGGCAAGGAUGGGGGGAAGUUUGUCAAGAAGAAAACUGAGCCACCUCCUCCCCCUGACUUCCUGAAGGAAGACACUCCAAGGAAAAAAGCACAACCAGUCGUGGGCACAAGUAAAUCCCCCCAAGACGGACAGCUUCAGAAGGGCAGGCGUAAGCUGGUGGGGAAAGUGAUGCUGUCAUCAGAGGAGGAGAGUUUAGCUGAGUUUAUUGAGGGUCUGUCUUGGUCCGAGAGGUCCAACUCUCCCCAGAGAAGUUCUAAAGGCAUGCGUGAUGCACCUCACCCUCGUGCCCAACGCUCACCAUCACCAGAUAGCAAACCACCUGUGCGACACACCUCUGCCUCUCCCAGACGUAACAUCUCUACCCCCAAAGCGGGAGUGUUUAGACGGAGUCCAUCUCCGCCAUACCAGACUCGGACUCUCAGCAGGUCAGUCUCAGAAGACUCCCUGCCCAGUGAGGUGUCAGUGUCACAGGUGGACAGCGCUCAGGAUGAGGAGGGCAGUUUUAAUGUCAAUGUUGUGAUGGACUUGGACAUGUUAAGUCCUGUGAAUUCAUUCAAUCAUGAAGAGAAGCUUUCCUCUCCUCUGAAGAAAGCUCAAACCGCAGAGCCCAGUCCGUUUUUUAGUAAGAAAGGAAGUACCAGAGCGGAAACUGAAAAGCCUGCCAAGUCAUCCAAGUCAGCCAGCAAAAAAAGUGAUGUAUACAGCACAAAAAGGUCACCCAAAAAGUCAAAGGAAAAGAAGGAAACCGAAUUAUUCAGUAAUUUUGGUUUACACACCGUGGAUGAGUUGAUGGGGUUGGAUACAAAGGAGUCGAGUGAAGAUGCAAGUGUGAUCAGAGAUAUUUCAGAAAUUCUGACAGAGAAAAAUGACACUGUAUUCAAAGCGAAGAGAUCUGUGAAUGACAGUUUACCUGAUGUCAACUUAGAUGUAACUGAUGAUGUUAUUGAUGUGAAAAACUCAUACUCUGAGGAGUUUGACAGUAUUACAGAGAAGAUUGGACAGGACAGUAGUAUAGCAGAGUCUCUGUCAGAGGUUGUGACAAAGUACAGUGAUGAUGAGGAGGAGGAGUCCAAGGCAGACACUGUGAAUGAGUAUUCAGAGGAUUUUGCUAGUGACUCAGAGUCUAGGGCUGACUCAUACAGUGACAGUUAUACUUCACACAGUGACUCAAGAACAUUUAGCUACAGCCGAAGCUCUUCUUCUAGUCUAUCCAGAGGGAGAUCCAAGAAGGAGAAGAGAUCAGUGGAGGUUCAGACAGGUGACCAACCAGGACUGACUUACCAAUGGAACACUCACCACUCAGGCAUGGCCUUUAUGGGACCUUCGUUUGGAAUGUCGUUUGUGGAUCCCACACCAAUUGCUUCCCACAUGGUCAGCCAUGAGGCCCUGGAAGCCAUGACAAACUACAGCCCAGCCAUGUUAGCUCUCCAGGACAUGCUGAAGCAGCAGCUAGAACUGACUCAGACCUUCAUCCAGGCCCAGCAGUAUCUGUAUAACAGUUACACUCGGUCUAUAGAGCCACAUCACAUGUACACGACGCUGGAGGAUACCAAAAAGUAUAUCCGUAAACAUAGAAAACCACGACUCACAUUCAAAGAUGCCCUGAAGUUGGUGGAUAAAGAAAUGAGCUGACGCUGACUAAACUUUUAAAAUUUUUUUUUAAGAUCAACGACAUUUGUAAGAUAUCACAAAUGUGUGUAUGUCAUUUAUGACAAUGUCAUCAGGUUGAGAGUUGAGUAAGCUUGUGUUGUUAAUAGUGUAUCCACUCAAAAAGGGAACCAUGCACAUGUAACGAGGAACUAUUCUGACCACAUGUAAUGUUCCCGAUGAUUUCUUUUCUAUAAGUUCGGGAGCGGCAGAUUCGGGAUCAAUCCUGGGUCGAGUCACACCUAAGAGGAAGUUGUAAUUUCCUUGCUUGGCAUUCAGCAUGAAGAGGAUAGUGCAACGACUGGUUGACCCGUAUCAGUAUAAUGGCUUGGCUAGGGCAGCUGACUUACCUUUGGUAAGUCGUCUCAGUGAAGCAGCACUAGAUAAAAGAGCGGUGGAAAUCCAUACCUGCAACAAGGAGGCACGUCAUAUACACCCUAAGGACUCCUUCAUUGUCAUAUGACUGAAAAAUUGUUGAGCACGACGUUAAACCCCAAGCACUCACUCACUCACUCUUGUCUAUAAGUAGAUUUCUUUGCGAUGUAUUCGUUGUUACAUCACUGUGGUCAGAUUUGUAAAAGACUUGAAAUGUAAAGAUGUUUGUAUCUACUCUGGGAACAAGUGCAUUAGAACAUGCCACUGUAGUAGUUUCAUGCAUGUAAUGUUACAAGCACUUUCUGAAACCAGCCACUGACUCAGUGAAUGCCAUGCUAAAGACACCAGGAGAUAGUGUGAUAGUACACUGUCACAAGGCCUACCAGUAAGCGUUCUGUGCCUGUGAGAGCGUGAAGUAAGGCGACACCAAUUUUAUUUUGUGUUUUACUGGUGAGCCGACACUAAAAACUAAUGAAAUUAAAUAAAAAUGAAAUUGAAAAUCCAGUUUUUAUUUUGUCCUAUCUUAAUAGGGUUUUUUUUCAUGACAUUUCUGUUUUUCAAAACUUUCCAAUUACAUAAAUAUGUCUGUAACAGGAACAGUUUGCAGGGACAGUCCAGCAUUUCCCAAAAUUUCGAUGGUUUUCAAUUUUAUUUUUAUACCUCUGACAAGUAAAGUUGGUGUAGCCUAAGGAAGGCUGUAUCAUUGAGAGUAAAACCACAUCAUCUGUGAUCUGCAACAGUGACAGUCACAAAAAUGGUCACACAUAGCUGGUAAAAGCAGCCUCUUGUCAUUUUCCCAUAGAGUUUUAUUGUUCACGUAAAUGCUCAAGUUUGUUAUUCAUAAUGUGAGGAAUGAUUUAGGCAUCUUGCUGGUCAAAUGGUGAAAGUUAUUGACUCAUCACGUUACUUCAUUCAACCUAUGAAUGAUAACUCAUUUGCAGUGGAAUGAAAAGUGUUAUGAUAACGAAUGAUAAUGAAAUUAUUGAAUGCAAAAACUCAGGGAGCACACUGUAUGUGCAAAGUUACUGUUCUCCAUCUUAUGUAUAUGUAUUGGUCAUACAUAAAAUGUAUUUUAUGUUUGUUAAUGUUUUAUGAAAUGCAUUUAAUAAUGUUUUGAUGUUCAUAGCAAUUUGAUUCUUCACAUGAAUUGAGAAAAACAGGACAUGAAAAGCGUUAAAAAGUUUAAUGUAUUUUUUUUUUUUUUUUUUGGUUAAAUACUCAGGAGUGUACUGGUAGUAAGAAAAUUAUCCUAAUGUUAUCUGUGAUUCAUUUCCUUCUCCAUAUCUCCAUUUUAAUAUUCAAAAUGGCUAUAGAUUGGUUUUGAUAGUACAUGUGCAUGUAGUUUGUAAACGUUGUAUUUUAGCUGAUCGCUGAGAGUAAAAUCUGUCAGGAAUUACAUGUACAUGGAUAGGUAUCUGUAAGGUACUGUUAAUGUAUAAUGUAUUGUAUGCACAUGUCAGAAUUUUACAGUUGUGUAAAAACAUUGUAAUAAACUGUAUUACAUUUAUUCAUAAUAAUUGUUUGUUUGAAAGUUCAUUGGGAUGAGGGGAAAUGGUCAUUUUGACCAGGUUUUCUCUUUGUUUCAUUCUUGGGUCGUUGAGGUGAAGCCAUAAAAUGAUAAGUGUGUCUCUUUUUAC